CGGCCACCUCGUCUUAUGGACUCCCAUACACAAGCAAUUUAUUUUUUAUAGAAGUUAUUUUGCCAUUUUCUGUGCUUACCCACAUAAACGUCGCUCUCAUAUAUAUAAACGUAGUGAAAAUACGUCUUUUUUCUAACCCUUGGACGUUGGUUAGCAUUAGUUGAGCUAACAGCUACAAAUGCCGCGAGACCAAAUUCAGCUGCGCCUUUAUUCCCGACAUUACGGUUAUUACGCAUCGACAUGCGCCGCUGUCGCAGCAGCAGCAGCAGCAGCAGCAGCAGCAGCAGCGCAGAGAGGUAACAACUGUGAUGUGUUUUGAUGGAGAUAUCUGAUACUGGAUCGCUUUCGUCUGUUUAUUCGUGCUGUCGACGGCCAUAUGAAAAUCUGGGGCAACGUUGCCACUAAACAGGAAAACAUACGGUCAUGUAUUCGUUGCAUUUCCAUCCGUAUUGGCUGCAGUGCUAGCAUUUAGGUAGCAAUGUCGGUAACGUUAGCUGGGACGCUUGGACAGAAAUAGCCCCUCAAAGGAAACAGCAGCUUGCUCCAGUGUUUGGACCUGCUUUGUGUACAGAUAUCGGCCGCUUUGCAGUUGCUCUGGUAUGCAUCUCUCCAAGAAAUGUUCCGCCUUCAAAGUGGUGCUGAGUGCUCUGCUGAUAGUGGCGCUGCUGCAGCUCAUAUACCUUUCCUUCUUAUCCAAGUUUCACGGUAAGCAGCAGCGGUACCGAUACUCGGAGCUGUUUGGAGGCUCUGGAGCCAAGAAAAAUGGGCACCCCGAGAAAAAUUCGCGGAAGGAGCGUCUGAGGUACUCGCUGUCUACUGGGGGCAUCUUCGACAACAGUGGUCAGUACCGCGUGUACAAGAACUUGAUCAAAAGUGAUUUCACCACUAAUCAGAAACCAGGGUCCGACCCUAGCGCCAAUGUCCUGGCUUUAGCCACACACACAACCAUCAACAACCUGCAUCACCUGGAAUCUCUCCUGGAAAGGUGGCAAAACCCUCUCUCUGUGGCCAUAUUUGCACAUGGGCAAGAUGUCAAGUUUGCCACCGCUUUGGUGUAUGCGCUCAGCUUCUUCUGUCCUCAGAUCCAAGCCCUGGUGGACUUCCACUUGGUGUGCCUCUCAGGAGAGAUGGCAAGUUUCCCUGAACAGGACCGGGAGCACUUUGCAGGCCUUGAGGACUGCGCCUCUGUGUUCUCCAGACUGGAGACCCACAGGGAUAAAUACAAGAACUAUGCCAUCAGCGGAAACAUCUCCUACCCCAACAACCUUCUUCGUAAUGUCGCCCGAGGUGGCACAGAGUCCUCCUACAUCCUGGUCAUUGACAUCGACAUGAUGCCCAGCGCUGACCUGCAUCACCAGUUCCUGGCCAUGAUCAUGAGGCGUGAGCCGGCCAGUGACGAGGUAUUUGUCCUCCCUGCUUUCGAGAUCCGCCACGCCAGGAAGAUGCCAGCCACCAAGGCGGAGUUGGUGCAGCUCUACCAGGUGGGUGAGGUACGACCAUUUUAUGAAGAGCUGUGUCCUCGCUGUCAGGCGCCCACCAACUACUCGCAGUGGGUUAACAGCCACGUCAGAGGGACGGGGACCCUGGAGGUCGCCUACACACUCACCUGGGUGGACCCCUGGGAGCCUUUCUACAUCGGGCCCCACACUGUGCCCCUCUAUGAUGAGAACUUCAAGCAAUAUGGCUUCAAUCGUAUCAGCCAGGCCUGUGAGCUCCACGUGGCGGGAUACAAGUUCUCGGUUCUCAGCUCUGCCUUCGUGGUGCACAGGGGCUUCAAAAUCCAGGGGGAGUUCCACCCCAAGAAGGACGAGGAGAACAAACGCAACCGAGUUCUGUUUCGCAGCUUCAAAGAGGGCCUGAAAACCAAAUACCCGUCCUCCAACAGACGAUGCUGAAAAAAAAGAUGAGGACUCUUGUGUCCUGCCGGCUUCGGUCUCAAAUAAAAUAAGUCUUCUGCUGACAUGGACAUACGUUUUUCUGUCAGCAGAAGAACCCAAUUUUUUUCUGUGAUUUCUAGUGGUGCAGUAGAAGUUUAAGCUAAUCCAGCUCUUUUUUUUUCUAUUCCCUCUGAACAUGAGCAGCAGUGAAAUGUUCUCUGGGGAUUUCUGAGAGCGUCCUGCUAGUCAGGAUGGAAAAGAAGAAACAAGCAUUAUAGACUUUGCCUAAACACUGUUUUAAAGCAGUGGCCAAAACCACAUUACACAACGGUUUAUUUGCUUAAAUUUAGACAGCAUUUGAUAAGAUUUUAAUGUCAAAGUGUAUGAGAAACAUAACCCAUACUUAAAGUGCUAUUUCAAGUCAUUUAGGGCUUGUCCAGACACAAGAAUAGACACAAAAACGGCACUGCAAGACAAGUCCCUACAUAUUCACUCAGAGAGCUAGCAUAAAAAACAAAAGUACUCAUUUUACAGUAUGUGAAAUGAAGUUUAAGGUUCUAUAUUUCAUGACAGCUGAUCAAAGGUUAACGUGUCUCUGAAAAGAGAAGCCUGGUUCCAAACCUUGAAUCACUGUCUGCAUAGUUAAAUUUUGUGCCAAUCAGUGAUGUGCUGCGGCCACCAGAUGGCAACAGGCACUUGAGCGUUAUGUGCACAGUUGCAGUACAUAUAAUGUAGGCUGAAGUGAGUAUUACAAACACUACAGCAGAACACAGGGAUUACACAACAUCAGUGUUGUUUGGUGCUCAGAGGGAUGUGAUUUUUACUCUGCGCCACAGCUGUCAGCACAUUUCUGUGUUUAGUUUUCACUAUCCUGUGAGCGCUUGUCCUUGCCGCAGACUGUCUAAAGAGAUGACUCACGCGUAAUGAGGACAAGAAAGCACAGGGUAGCUCUAUAAAGACUUUAUACAACACUAGCUUUUUUUGCCAACACUGUGGAGAACUACUGUAUUAUAACACUGAGGAUCUGACACUGGUAGUCGACUUGAUUAUCUGGGGUUUUUUUCCACCUCUCUCGAAGUAAACGAUGGGGCCGGUGGGCUACAGGUGAAAAUGUAGCAUGGUUAUAGUGAGUAGACAUAUUAAAAUACUACAUAAUCACAACAUAAACCACAAACAAAAGCAUCCUGUGUUGUCUAAGGGAUUGCUGUGGUAAUGCGUAUCAACACUACUAGUAAAUAGCAAAUUAUUUAUCAUAAGUCUUUAACCCACUGGUACAUACAGUAUUAGACCUUGACUACCACUCUUCUCAUGUCUGCUUAGUGAAAAUGCAUAUCCAAAAUAUGUUUGGUUACUUUUAAGUGUUCAAUUGUCAUGUAAGUAUUGAUUUUGUAAAGUUUUAAAUGGUUUUACUUCUUUCCUUCAUCACUUGUCAUGUUUAUGAUAUAUUUAUUGUGAAAUGUUUUCCUUUAACUGGAAUUGGUUGAACUUUUUUUUUUUUUUUUUUUAACUACCCCAAGCAGGAAGACUGUAGCACGAAACUGUGUUCGGUUGCACAUUUCAGAGUUUUUGUUUUAGAACCACUAUGAAAUCGUUUUAUUUGGUAUUUUGGAGUGAGAUACAUUUCAACAAAUUAUCUUGUGUGAUGAUGUGGCGUGGUGCGUUAUUUCUCAUGUGUCUUUUCCUGAUUUGAAAAUGCUUUUUUUUUUUUGUAUUUAUUUUUUCUUUUGUGUUCACAAAAUAUAAUGCCUGAUUUGUAUUGUUGGAGUUUCUAUUAAACCAACUGGAUGACUUUUA